UCUUAAUAUAAACUCAAAGUUAAAAGUUCAAAUACUGAAAAGGAACAAAGAUAAGUUGAUAUCUUUUAACAUUUCUGUUUGAGUAAUUCGUUUUUCGUUAAAGUGAUGCUUCGAUAUGCAACUGCUGUAGUUUUAUUGCUCGGUGUAGCAAUUGCCUUUCCAUUGCAUGAUGUAAAGCGAGCAACCGACUUUGGAUCGUUUGAUCCUAACGCUUUGUACAAUCAAAUGUCACAACAAGCGCAACAAUUCCUGGGUCAAAAUGGCGUUUCAUCUGGUUCCGGCACAGCUUCUCAAAGUAGUUCCAGCAGUUCAAGUUCAGGCGCUAGUGGCUCAGGAACUGGAGGGUUUGACGCCAAUGCACUAUACCAGCAACAGUCUCAGCUAAUGCAACAAUAUAUAAGCUCCCAUCAGACUGGAACCUCCGGGGCAGGAAGUUCAUCUACAUCGGGAAGUAGUUCCAGUUCUUCUGGAAGUAGUUCAGGGUCAUCCGUCUCAGGCAGUGGAUCCGGAAGUGGAAGUAGUUCUAGUGCGCCUGGUUCCAGUAUGUCUGGAAGUGGGUCCAGUUCAGGAAGCGGAAGUUUUGAUCCGAAUGCUAUGUACCAGCAACAAUCUAAGCUGAAUCUCCAGAAACUGGAGUCAACUAUGCAAAACGCCAAUGCUAAGUUUGACGCCAAUGCUGUGAAUAAUUUCCAAACUAGUGAUGGUGGAAGUUCCGGAUUCAACCCAAAUCAAAUCAACGCAAUGAAUUCUAACAUGAAUAAUCUAAAUGGACAGACUUCCGGUAGUCAGACAGGAAGUCAAACUUCUGAUGGGCACACUACAGAUUCUCAAGAGUAACUUCAAGCAUUAUGUAAGAAAAUGAAUGUUUUGGAAAAAUGAAGGAAUGAAAUCAAAUUGUAAUGAAACCAACUAUCAUCAAUAACACUUUACAACUUAUCUACCUCAACAGGCAACCACAUUUAGAUACUCCGUACCAAGAACCACCAUGUCUUCUACCUCUAUCAAACUGUAUAUUUUCUACUUUAUCGAUUGAUUUUAAA